CCUUUUUGUCACGAUCGGGUUGAUCAGAACCGUUCUGCCUUAUGGUACCAUCGAAUAAACUUCCACCAUGUUUACGUGAAUCGAAAUGUAUUAUUCAUGUGGAUCUUGAUUGCUUUUAUGCCCAAGUUGAACAUGUGCGCUUAGGUAUACCCCUCGAUCAACCCUUGGCUGUUCAACAAUGGUGGAGUGUCAUUGCAGUCAACUAUGCCGCACGAGCCAAGGGAGUAGCUAAGCAGAUGCCCUCCCCAGAGGCAAAGAAACUGUGCCCAGAUAUCCAACUCGUUCAUACAGCAACAUAUACGGAGAAUGAUACGGAACCUCAGUAUCAUGUCGAUCCGAAUCGGUCCACUCAUAAAGUGUCAUUGGAACCCUAUCGAGCCGCAUCGAAAAAGAUUAUGAAAAUUUUCGGACGAUAUUGCACCAUUAUCCAACGGAUUGGUCUGGAUGAAGCUUUCAUGGACGUUACAUCAAUCGUCAAUCAGCGUAUCAUUGAUUGUUACAUCGAUAAAGACCCAGACUUGUUGGAAAAAAUAGACGACGAUGAAUGCGAUAUACCGAUCGAUUGGGAUACUUUGGGUGUUACUAUUCCCUCAGAGGAGGAGGAAGCGCAAGCCAAAAACGGGGAACAAGAUGGUUCACAGCGACCAUGGGCUCCCACGACGUGGUGUGAUCUUCAGUUGGCCAUUGGCGCCGAAAUUGCAGCAGAAAUCCGCAAAACAGUGUUUGAUGAGCUCCAUUACACUUGCUCCGCAGGUAUUUCCCAUUAUAAAGUCGUGGCCAAGCUGUGUUCCAGUCGAAACAAACCCAACAAACAGACCAUCCUUCGAAAAAACGCUUUAGUAUCGUACAUGAAAGAUGUGCCGUUCAAUAAGAUUAGAAAUCUGGGCGGCAAGUUGGGGACCGAAGUGGGAGAAGAAUUGAACAUUCAAAAAGCAAGCGAUUUAUGGCCAUAUGCUUUGAAAGAGCUUCAAGACCGAUUUGGCAAAUCUACCGGAUUAUGGCUUUAUAAUAUCUCGCGAGGAAUCGAUAAUGAAGAAGUGCAAAUUACUACAUCACCAAAGUCACUGAUGGCGGCUAAAGCCAUGCAUCCGCCUCUAAAAUCUGGUAGAGAAAUGGAACGAUGGUUCAAAAUUUUAAGUACGGAGCUGUAUGCCAGAAUCAUGAUCAACUUUGAGGAAUAUGGUACAUGGCCAAAGAGUAUUGUGGUCCACUAUCAUCAUGCUGCCCAGCCGGACUGGAGAACCAAAUCUUUACCCAUGCUACCCAAAUCAUGCAUAAAGUCGCCACAUCGAUUAGCCGAGCUUGUUAUCAAUGCCACUAACAAGCUGACAAUGUAUCCGUGCAGAGGACUGUCAUUGCAGGCGUCUGGGUUAUCGCUGAAUGAAGCAGCAACGACAAAUCAGAAUAUUUCGCGGUACUUUGUGGCAGAACCCGCAAAGAAACCGUCGUUGAGUCCACCAAAAAAUGAUUUAUCGGCCGAGGACACUGUUGAUAUGCUAGCAGGUAGUUUAUCGGAUGAUGCACCAUUCACCGAGGAUGACGAAAUGUUGUUGAAGAAAGUCGAGGAGAACCAUGCUUCCAGAACAAAGAGUGAGCCUGCAAGGAUUAUGUCCCAGGACAUGGGGCAAAAUCAAUCGCCUACACAGGAACAAGCGUGGACGUGCGAUAAAUGUUUCAAGCGACUGCAACAUCAUGAAAUUGAAGAACACACCGAUUAUCACUUUGCUAUGGAGCUGCAAGAACAAGAACGAGGUCCCGCGGUGGCAGAGAAUUCUCGGAAACGCGAGUUAACCCUGCAUGAUCAACCACCAUCACUGUCGCCAUCCUCCUCGUCCUCCUCCUCAUCGAAGCGAUCAAACCACGCCAAGGAUGCUCGUGACAACAAAAAACGUCAAGUGCACCUUUUCUUCCAACCACGACCCUAGCAAGUGGAGAAAAAGAAAAAAAGAUGAAUGAUUAUAACAGCACGAAAACAAACGAGCAAUCACCAUAUUCUUUUAUUCCUUAUUUAAGUCAAACGUCAUUAUUGUAAAAGUUCAUCCUACUAUUUAUUAAACUCAGA